UCAUGGCAUAUUAUUUGGAAAAAAUUGACAUCAACGAUGUUUUAAUCGGUACUAUUAGAAACGGGUUUAAAAUUAAGUUUCAAAUUCGAUUUUCAAUAAAAACAAAAUGUUUUUUGGGACGACCUUCUCCUUCUUUCCCUAUAAAUACCCAACCCAACUUGGUACUCUUACAACCAAGUUAACUAGUGUAUUAACUUCCCCUUUGUGUUUGGUUUCAAUGGCAGUUUCAAAGUUCCUCUCGCUUGGCACAUUCAUCACUUUUCUUUGUGUCAUAAUCAACGCUAACUAUGGCCGUGUCGAAGCGUCUCACAGAGUUUAUCCCCAAUUUCAGUCUUUAAGUGCAGUUAGUGUCAAGCAACUUCUGCGAACUAGCUAUCACUUUCAGCCUUCUAAGAACUGGAUCAACGAUCCAAACGCCCCUAUGUACUACAAUGGAAUAUACCAUUUUUUCUACCAAUACAAUCCCAAAGGUGCAGUUUGGAGCAACAUGGUUUGGGCACAUUCAGUUUCAAAAGACAUGAUCAAUUGGGAAGCACUUGAACCAGCAAUUUAUCCUUCAGAACACUUUGAUAUCAACGGUGCUUGGUCUGGUUCAGCCACCAUUCUUCCUAACAAUAAGCCCAUAAUUUUAUAUACCGGUCUUGAUCACAAAGACAGGCAAGUUCAAAACUAUGCAGUGCCAGCCAAUUUAUCUGAUCCGUAUCUGCGUAAAUGGAUCAAGCCUAGUAACAACCCAGUGGUUAAUCCUGGAAAGGGUGUGAAUGCCAGUGCCUUCCGUGACCCAACCACUGCCUGGUGGUUAAAUGGGCAUUGGAGAAUGCUGGUUGGAAGCAAAAGGAACCAUAGAGGGAUAGCCUAUUUGUAUAGAAGUAGAGAUUUCAUGUAUUGGAUUAAGGCUAAACACCCUUUUCAUUCAGUACCCUAUACAGGAAUGUGGGAAUGCCCUGAUUUUUAUCCAGUUUUAUUAUCUGGUAAAGAAGGUUUAGAAACGUCCAAUAUCCAGGGAAAACCUGUUAAGCAUGUUUUGAAGGUGAGCUUGGAUAUUACCAGAUAUGAUUACUAUACGGUUGGUACAUAUUUAACUGCUAAGGAUAGAUAUGUGCCUGAUAAUACAUCAGUCGAUGGUUGGGCUGGCCUUAGAUAUGAUUAUGGAAAUUUCUAUGCUUCAAAGACAUUCUUCGAUCCUGCCAAAAAAAGAAGGAUUUUGUGGGGUUGGGUUAAUGAAUCUGAUACUACUGAAGAUGAUGUUAAAAAAGGAUGGGCUGGAAUUCAGGCAAUUCCAAGAACAGUAUGGCUUGAUCCUAAUCAAAGGCAAUUGAUGCAAUGGCCCAUUGAAGAGUUGGAGACUCUAAGAGGGAAAAAUGUUAAAAUGAGACACCAACAGCUUAAAACAGGCGAUCAUAUUGAAGUCAAAGGAAUAACUGCUGCCCAGGCUGAUGUUGAUGUUACCUUCUAUAUUCCUAGUUUGGAUAAAGCUGAGCCAUUUAAUCCUAGUUGGACAAAUGCCCAAGAACUUUGUGCAAAAAAGGGAGCAGAAGUUCAAGGUGGGGUUGGUCCAUUCGGACUCUUGACAUUAGCUUCAAAAAACCUAGAAGAGUAUACUCCUGUCUUCUUCAGGGUAUUCAAAAGUUCAAAGAAGCAUGUAAUUCUCUUGUGCUCCGAUGCAACGAGCUCCUCAUUGAUGGAUGGGCUGUAUAAACCAUCAUUUGCUGGCUAUGUCAAUGUAGAUUUGGCUGAUAAGAGGCUUACUCUUAGAAGUCUGAUUGAUCAUUCUGUUGUGGAAAGUUUCGGAGCUGGAGGAAAAACAUGCAUCACAUCCAGGGUUUAUCCUACAUUAGCAGUGUUUGAGAAUGCUAACUUGUAUGCAUUCAACCAUGGGACCGAGACUAUCACCGUUGAGAAUCUUAAUGCCUGGAGCAUGAAGAAGCCUCGGAUGAACUGAAAGGAAUCGACUCAUGACUGCCUAGUUAAGUUAUAACAUGUAUGUUUCUAAUGUGCAAGUCUAAUGAAUAAUGAACAAGUUUUGCACGCCUAAGUGAAAAGUUUUUCUUUUUCAGUUUAAUCUCGGAUAGGUCUUUGAAUGCUGCUGUGUUUUCUGUUUUUUAGGCCAUGUAAUGUUUUUGCCUUGUUUUCAUUAUUAAUAAAGUGAAAAAAAAAAUUUAACUAAUGAGAAAGGGCCGUAAGACAUAGAAUGAGUUCUAAAGGAAAGAACUUUCCUUC